AUGAUAAUAAUAAUAAUUAUUUAUAAUAAUAAUAAUAAUAAUAAUAACAAUAAUAAUAAUUAUGAUAAUGAUAAUGAUAAUGAUAAUGAUAAUGAUACUGAUACUGAUAAUGAUAAUGAUAAUAAUAAUGAUAAUGAUAAUGAUAAUGAUAAUGAUAAUGAUACUGAUACUGAUACUGAUAAUGAUAAUGAUAAUGAUAAUGAUAAUGAUAAUGAUAAUGAUAAUGAUAAUGAUAAUGAUAAUGAUAAUGAUAAUAAUAAUAAUGUGUGGGGGGAGGAGGGUGGGUUGUAUUUUGUUCGGGUGGGAAGAUGAAAUAUAUAAAGGGCCUCUUCAGACACAAACGAUACAUUAUUUGACCUUAAUUCAAAGUGGAUAAAUUUUAACCGUAAAGUAAUAUAAUCGUAUUUAUCAUUUACCAGCGGUUUGUUUACUAUUUCUAUUGGUUUUCUUGCGACUCAGUAAGGUAUUUGUUUGGGAGGAGGGAGAGGCGGCUCUUGUUUUUCAACGCUACCUGACCUAUUAUUUAGAUCUGGCUCUAAAAACACAAAAAAGAAACAAACAAACAGCAAACAAAAAAAAAAAAACCAACAAACAGGAAGAAGCGCAUUACCAUUAAGGAGGCUACUACUUUAAAGGGCGACUUUUAACUAAAUACAAUUAUUGUUGUCAGCAUCAUUUUAGUAAAAGAUUUCGGGGUUUUGUUACCAAUUGUAGCUAUCACUAAGUGCCAACGACGGAAAAAAUCUGAUCUGAGAAAAUGUGUGGAGUAAUAAUAAUAAUAAUAAUAAUAAUAAUAAUAAUAUAUUUUUUUAA